AUGAGUACAAAGCAUAAAAAUAGUAUUAUGUCUGAAACUGAAGUAGCCGAUUUUGAAAAUGAAAAUAAUGUCCACCGGUGUAAAAGACGACGGAGAAAUAAUAUAUGCAGUACUUCAGAAUCAGAAGCAGAGKUAAUUGACGAUAAUACAAAGGACACCCAGUGCAACACAACAUGGACAUCGAAAAAUUUCGCACCAAGGAUUCAUAAAUUUUCCUCAAAAAAUUCAGGACUAAAGAAGRAAAUAGGAAGAUCGUCAAAAAUUAUCGAUUACUUCGAACUAUUUUUUUACCAAGAGCUCGUAGAAUAUAUUGUAGAUGAGACUAAUUAUUACUCGGCUCAAAAGAGCAAUAACAACAUGUAUACUCAAAAAAACACGACAUUAGAGGAAAUGUACUGUUUCUUUGCGUUGUCACUACUCAUGACACGUAAUAAAAAACUAACGUUACACGAGUAUUGGAGUACGGAUAAAUUUUUACAAAGUAGUAUUUUCAGUGAAGUAAUGAACAGAGAUCGGUAUCUUUGGAUACUACAGAUGAUACAUUUUACCCGUCAACAAGGGCCCGCUGAAAAUCAUCUAUAUAAAAUAAGUGACCUAACAAACAUGCUACGAGAAUCGUUCUGCGAGACAUUUUAUCCAUAUGAAAAAAUUUGUAUUGAUGAAAGCUUGAUGUUAUAUAAAGGUCGGCUUUCCUUCAAGCAGUACCUUCCGUCGAAAAGGAAUCGAUUUGGAAUAAAAUCAUACAUACUCUGUGAUUGUAAAACAGGCUAUGUCCAAGAUCUUAUAGUUUACGAAGGAAAGUCAACUGUUACAGAAAGUGACAUCAGCGGAAUUGGAAAAUCAGGUGCAAUUGUUUUAUCGCUCUUGCAACCAUAUUUAGGCCAAGGUCACACACUGUACACUGAUAACUUUUAUUCGAGCCCAGCAUUAUUUAACUUUUUACACGAUAACUAUACGAAUGCAUGCGGCACUGUCAAGAAAAGACGUCAAGGAAUGCCGAAGAUGGAAGAGAGACUGAAAAGAGGAGGAGCAUGUUUUCGUACAAUAAAAAACUUGCUAGCGUUGAAGUGGAUGGACAAAAAAGAAGUCUAUAUGAUUUCCACUUUACAUACUGUAAAUUUUGAAGCAGUAUCGAGAUAUGGAGGGCAACAGAGUGUCCAGAAGCUCAUUUGCAUCACAGAUUACAAUAAGUCAAUGGGAAUUGUAGAUAAGGUGGACAUGGUACUAAGUACCGUAAAUUCAACGCGAAAAUCACUAAAAUGGUAUCAGAAAUUUUUUUUCCACCUCAUGGACAUCUGUGUGUGGAACGCAUAUUGUAUGUACAAACAUAAUCGGAGAGAAACAAUAUCGAUGGCAAAAUUUCAUCUGACGCUGAUAAAACAGAUAGUCCAAAAGUAUCGUCAUAAUGCAACGGGACGUCAAGGCAGACCCGCUGAUAAUCCGAUGAGGUUAACCGACAGGCAUUUUCCCACAUUUUGUAAGCCGAAAAACAGAAGACGACGAAGUGUGAUUUGUAGCAAAAAUGAUAAAAGAACGGAUUCGUGGUAUGAGUGCAAAGAUUGCGAUAUUGGCCUUUGUAUAGAUCCUUGCUUCAGAAUAUACCMCACAGAAUUAUAUUAUUAG